AUGGACUGGCCCGAAGGGGAAAACGCCGCGCCUCGUCACAUCCCGCCGCAGCACUACGCGCUCUUCCACUCCAUCGACCGCGCCCUCUACACGAUCCUCGCCAUUCACCUCUGCCGCGACCCGGCCGAGUCCCUCCACGUGGUCGCCCUCCUCCUCUGGCUCGAGCGCUCCGGCUUCCCCCACGCUGUCAAGACCGUCCUCUCGCUUCCCAAGAUGCUCGUUAGCGACCUCGCUGACGAGGCCAUGGCCUGCCUCAACUUCAUCUUCAACCACAGCAGCUUUUCGAACGACGGCGCCGACGUCCCUCUCAUGCGGGGCGUGAUAGGCCGGCGCAUCUCCCCGCAGUUCCUCCACGAGAACCGGGACGAUGCCCGCCGAGUGAUCUCCACGAUUAUCGACACCGUGUGCGUUAGGGCCCUGACCGACAUAAUGCAGAACGCCAUUGCAAUGAGGAGCGCUCGUCACGACCCGUCCCCAUCGACGCCCCCGGUCUGCCUCCCCGAUAGCCCUUCGUUUCCAGGGAUGCGGCGGCGCAGGAAUGAGAACGCAAACGACCGCGUCAUGAUCAACCGACACGUCCCCACCGGCCACCAGAACCGAAAAUACUGGUUCGAAGAGAGAGAUGAGGCCACGGCCGUGCCGCCCGACGACCGGACAUUGUUCGUGACGUUCUCGAAGGGGUACCCAGUGCACGAGUGGGAGGUGCGGGAGUUCUUGACGAUGGCGUACGGGGACUGUGUGGAGGAGCUGCACAUGCAGGAAGUUCAGGCAGGCGAACAGCCGCUGUUCGCGCGGGUCGUGUUCCGUUCGGCCUCGACCAUCGAGCACGUGCUCGACGCCUCAGGGAAGACCAAGUUCAUCAUCAAUGGCAAGCAUGUCUGGGCCCGAAAGUUCGUGCCCAAACGCACGAACGGUCACCGAGCGGUUCAUCAACCUCCUGCUCAGCCUUACAACUGGUCACCUCAUUUUCUAUUCUCGUGA